AGACGAGGACGGCCGGGCUGGUCGUGGUGCGGCACCAGACACCCGCCCCACACUCGCUCUGUCCGUCCGGGAGUCGCGCUCACCUGGGGCUUCUCUUCGCGCUCGGGGCCAGGUGACCUUCCCUCCUCGCCCCUCCCUGUCCCGAGGGGCACGAGACCCUUCCGCUCCCCCCCAGCCCGAGCUCUCGAGGAUCCUCGUGUGCGUCCGACGAGCCGGAGGAGCCCCCGCGCCCCUGUGCCCCUUCGCUCCCUCCGGCGCGCCUCCAUGGGUCUGCCCCGGGCUUUUGCGCUUGGGCUGCUGCUCGCGGCUACGGUCGUGGCGCUAAGCUCGGCUGAGACAGCUUGUUACUGUGAAACAAACAAGUUGACAAACUGCACUGAAAUAUCACCUGGUAAUUGCCAAUGUCAGGCUAUUGGUUCACCAAAUAUAGUCCUCUGUUCACAACUGGCUUCAAAGUGUUUGGUGAUGAAAGCAGAAAUGGCUAAUUCAAAGAGUGGGCGGAGAAAGAAACCAGAAGGGGCUAUUCAGGAUAACGAUGGAAUAUAUGAUCCUGAUUGUGAUGGAAACGGUCACUUCAAACCUCGACAAUGUAAUGGCACUGCUCUUUGCUGGUGUGUGAAUACAGCUGGAGUAAGAAGAACAGAUAAGGAUAGUGAAAUAUCAUGCAGUGAAUUAGUAAGAACACAUUGGAUCAUCAUUGAACUGCAACACAAAACACGAGAAAAACCUUUUAAUAAUACUGUUUUAGAAAAGGUCAUCAAACAGGAAUUUCAGCAGCGUUAUAAACUGAACCCUAAAUACAUCAAAAGAAUUUUGUAUGAGGAUGAUGUUAUCAUUAUUGACCUGGUGCAGAAUAGUACCCAGAAAAGCACUAAUGAUGUGGACAUAGCUGAUGUGGCAUAUUAUUUUGAGAAAGAUGUAAAAGGCGAAUCUCUCUUUUAUUCCAGUAAAAUUAAUCUUGUCCUAGAAGGUGAAACGCUUGAUUUGGAUCCUGCUAAAACUUCGAUCUAUUACCUUGAUGAAAAGGCACCUGAAUUUUCAAUGCAAGGACUAACAGCUGGUAUUAUUGCUGUCAUUGUAGUUGUAGUUCUGGCACUUGUUGCUGGAAUUGUGGUGCUGGUUAUGUCCAGGAAGAAAAAGAAGACAAAAUACGAAAAAGCUGAGAUAAAGGAGAUGGGUGAAUUACACAGAGAACUCUCCACAUAACUACCAAAAUACGAAGACAAGAAGAAAAAAAAAUAGAUAUUGAUACUGUAUGUGUGGAAAUGGGGAAAAAAAAGCCCCGCCAGAUUAAUAUCUUGUUAGAACGACUAUAACCUAGGGUUUAAAAAUGCAGAAUGAGUAGAUUGUUGUGAAGUGGGAUUUACUCGGUACUCAAAUUAUGAGUUACUUGAAAAUUUUGGCUAUCCCUAUCUAAAAAAGUUGGGCCACUAUAAAUUAUUCAAAUAUACAUUUUCUUAGACAAAAAACUAGACUACAUAGGUUUAAGCUAAUGCUUAUAUGACAUCAGAAUUCAUACUUUAAAUAUAUUUCAACGAUAGGGUUUGAAUUCCACACUUGUAAAAAUGAAAGCUAGUUUUCAAUAAUGUUUUUUGUUUGUCUUGUACAUAUUUUUGUCUUGAAUUUCCUUAAACUUUUUUUAUGAACUAUAAAUAAACAAGUUAUUCAAAA